AUGGAGUACCUAAAGAUUACUAAGAUUGAAAAUGUGGUAUUACAUAAGAAAGGUAUUCCAACUAUUGGAACAUUACAUUUAACUACACAUCAUCUUAUUUUUACAUCACGAAAUUUAACAAAAGAAUUUUGGGUACCUUAUCCAUUAAUUUUAUCAAUUUUUAAAAAUCAAGGUUCAACUUUAUUAACUCGUUAUAAAGAUUUAGAUGAAAUGAUUCAAUUCCAAGUAUCACAAUCUUUCACUAAGGAUAAAUUAACAAAUCAAAGAAAUUUAAUUCAAUGGUAUACAAUUAAUGAUAUUUGGUCUUUAAUUAAUAUUAAAAUUAUUUUAAAAGAUUAUACAAUUUUUUCAAUAGAUUUCCCCAUUAUUGAUAAUAUUGCUAAUGAUGUUUAUGAUUCUCUUUACAAUCUAACAUUGGGAGUAUCAUUCGAUCAACUUUAUGCAUUUUUAUAUGUUUCAAAUGAAUCAGAAUUAAAAUUGAAUGAUAGUUCAUAUAAAUUGUUCAAUUUAAAAAAUGAAAUGAUUAGACAAGGAUUAAAUAUUGAUUCUUCAAAUUGUCAAUGGAGAUUCACCACAAUAAAUCAAGAUUACAAAAUAUCAACAACUUAUCCAAAUCAACUCAUUGUUCCAACUUCUAUACCAGAUUCAUUAAUUACACAUUGUUCUAAAUAUCGUUCAAAGGGAAGAUUCCCCACAUUAGCAUACUAUUAUAAACGUCAUGGAAAUUCAAUAACAAGGUCAGCCCAACCCACACCAGGAAUCACUAAACAACGAUCAAUUCAAGAUGAAAAACUUAUAUCAACAAUAUUUGGAUUAUCAAAUACUACUGAUCAAAAUUUGAUUGUAGAUGCAAGACCUUUAACAAAUGCAAUUGCCCAAGUCGCUUUGGGUGGUGGAACAGAAUUAAUGGAAAAUUAUAAUUUUAAUGAUACAACAAAGAGAUUGUUUUUAGGGAUAGAUAAUAUUCAUAUUAUGUCAGAUACAAUAAAUUCACUUAUUGAUAAUUUCUUAAUAGAUUCAGAUAUUUUUACAGAACUCUCAUUUAAGGGUAAAUUAAAUUAUAAAUUUCAAAAUUGGAUAAAAUAUAUUAAAUUGAUAUUAACUGCUGUUGAUAAGUUAUCAAAGGCAAUGAUCUUUAAUGGUUCAAAUAUUUUGGUACAUUGCUCGGAUGGCUGGGAUAGAACAGCUCAAAUAAUUUCAUUGAUUCAGAUUUGUAUUGAUCCAUAUUUUAGAACAUUUGAAGGUUUUAUGAUACUUGUAGAAAAGGAUUGGGUUUCAUUUGGACAUAAAUUUAGAGAAAGAUCACAUCAUUUAAGCUCACCAGAUUGUUUUCAUGAUAAUACUACGGGAUUAUUUAAUAACAAAUUAUCAUUGAAUGAUAAUCCUUUUACAAAGUUGAAAGCAAAAACAUUAAAUAUAUCCUCAAAUAUAAGUAAUCCAAUAUUUGAUACAGAUGACGAUUUAAUUAAAGAAUCAAAAAAAUCAACUUUUACUAGAUCAAAGCUAGCGCCAAGUUCAAGUAAAUUUGCAUCACCAAUAUUUCAACAAUUCUUAGAUUGCGUGUAUCAAUUGCAACAACAAAAUCCAAAUUUGUUUGAAUUCAAUGAAAGAUUUCUAAGAAGGUUAGUUUAUCAUGUUUAUUCUUGUCAAUAUGGAACAUUUUUGUUUAAUUCAGAGAAGGAAUCAAAAGAAUUUGAAGGAAACACACGAACAAGGUCAGUUUGGGAUCAUUUCAGAUCUAAAAAGAAUCUGUUUAUAAACAAAGAGUACGAUUGUUCGAAGAUAGAAAACGAAGAAAAUAAUAAAGUAGAGAACAUCGAUUGGAUUUCUCCGGAUUUAUCUAAUGUUAAGUGGUGGUCACAAUUAUAUGGCAGAAGACCUGAUGAAAUGAAAGUUAAUGUAGAAGAAAAAAAAUUCCAAUUCGGAUCACCUAAGGUUGGUAAUGAGCUUCACACUAAUGAUAUGCUACCGUCUGCAACGACAGGUACGUCUACAGGUAUUAUGGAAUCCACACGAGAAUUUUUAUCCUUCUUCAGUCUCGACAGUUAUAAAAAUUACAAUAAUGAUACAGCAUAA